AUGUCUGUCCUCUGGGAGACAAUGUCGGGUCUUGCGCCGCUCAUCUACACACUGCCUCCAAAUCAUGUCGACGAGUAUGAAGAAGACUCUCUUCAGGAACCUUCAGAACCUGGUGAUCCAUUUGGACGAGAAUACUACAUGGGUGUCAAUCGACAUCGCUUAGAGUCUAAUGCUCGUCUAGCACUGAAUACCCGACGUCUGGAUCAUUACGCAAGGUUCAUCAAGCACGUAACCAUUCACAACGAGGACGCAUACUAUGCGACCUUGCAUGAUCUAUCCAUCCACAAGGUCUCGGGAUACCACCUGCUACCGGAAGUGCGCACUUUAGACCUUCAUCUUGACGCUGUGGGUGGACCAGAAGGUAUAUACAUGCUCCUCGGGCCUCGAGUGGAUGCCAUCUCUGUGCGAGUUGCAAAGGACGACGUCGGGCUCCGGUGGACCAUAGUACUAUUUACCAAGAUGUUCGCGAUCUGCCGCAACUUGCAGACCUUACAUGUCGACUUCGGCGACUGUCAUGAAGACGAUAUUUGUAUGAUCCUAGACACGAUUCGAGCCGCACGCCCCUCCCUCACGGCUCUCCAUCUCGGACGCAAAUAUUGGGUGUAUUCCCGGGCCAUGGGCAGCGAGCUGAUUGCGAGACUGCUGCGACUCAUCAGUGGCACCAUUCGUGAUUUCUCGUCGACUCUCCUCAUUAACUACGUUUCCGUCCAAUCGUUCAGUCUCUUCAGGAACCUUCAGAACCUGGUGAUCCAUUUGGACGAGAAUACUACAUGGUAUCUGACAUGCCCACAAGCUUUCUCCUUCCCAACAUUGCGGUCUCUUGAGAUCAUAACAGACUUCAUUUCUGAGAAGACGACUCUAUUCAUCCAUCGCAUACGGGCGGAGCACCUCCACACGCUAGCUAUCUUCCUCAUGACUUCGCUAGUAGACGGGUACUGGGGGGCGUGCCCAGCGAGAUAUCUCAACAAGUCGUUAUCGACAUGUGCCUUCUCGCAGACACUUUCAGUCGUCGCCAUACACCCUCGCCACUUCGCCAAUGACGGAUGGCGGCCACCUUACAGCAUCAUGAGUCCGUUGCUGGCGCUACCCAAACUCGCUGCGCUGUAUCUUCCGCGGCAGUGGGUGGCAGACGGUGUACUGGAAACCAUCACUGAAACAAGGCCGGAGAUCCAACUGUUAGAACAUUGUCCUCUGCACCCGCGAAUCUUCCCUGACAUCCCUGACGUACCGGUCUCCCGUUGA